UAAAAGUUCUCCAGCCCUACCACAAAAUGAAAUGCUGAAAAUUAUUUAGUUUAUAUUAAGUACAACUUAUUAAAUUGUUAAAGCGUCGCGAUUAAAAGAAAUUCGGAUGUGCAAAGAAAGAGGCAAGCAGAAAGUGACGGCAACGCGAAAACAAUAGCGAAAGCUACAGAAAAGUGUGUGUAAGUGCGUGUCUAUGUAGCAAAUGAAAAUGCAGUGAAGUUUUUGUGAAGGCAAAUAGAAAAGAAGAAAAGCUGACAACGACAAGUUUAAGGCAAGGAGCGGUAGCGGGAUAGCAGCGGCAUUACAGGGUGUUAUCUCUAUACUUACAUACACAGAAACCUGUCCACCUGCCAAUUCUGAUUUCCCCUGCUCUGCAUCAAAACAGCUGUUCCCUUAAAAAGGAACAAUAACAAAUAAAACGAGAAGAAUAAGAAGAGCAGAGCACAUAGAAAAAAAAGUAUGUCUAGCGAGGAGGAUAAACCACCGGCUCCGCCAGUCCGCUUAACUAGCAAUCGUGGUGGCGGAGGCGUUGAACGUGUACCCCUUGCCGGCAGCGGGGCUGGAGGCGGGGGCGGUGAUGCGCCGUCUGUUGACAUGCGUCCAUUGCCCAAAGAGCCCGACGAUGCUGCCGAUCGGAAAAAGAAGACGCUUAAAAAUAAGAUCAAAGGAUCAAAGCCCUCACAUACGGAUUCCAAACCAAAUAUUUCCUAUCCUACCAAUUUUGAGCAUACAGUUCAUGUGGGUUUCGAUGCUGUAACUGGAGAAUUUACGGGUAUGCCAGAGGCAUGGGCGCGUCUCUUGAUGAACUCGAAUAUCAGCAAACAGGAGCAGAAAAAGAAUCCCCAGGCUGUGCUCGAUGUUCUCAAGUGGUUUGACAAUACAACCAAGCAGAGGCCAAGUUCCAAAUACAUGACAAAUGCUAUAACGACGCAUUCGGGUUCCUCGCUGAGUAGAGUGAGCAGUAGCAGUCCGAGCAGUACACCGACUGAUUCGGAAUUGCAUGGCUCAAAUAGUGGUGGAAAUUUAAUUGGUGUCCAAUUGGGUAGCAUGACUCUGGGUCCGAAUGCGAAUAAUGUAGCUGCUGCAGGGCAAAUGCUAAGCAAUCAUUAUCAGCAACAACAACAAUUACAGCAGAUACAACUACAGCAACAUCAACAACAACAUCAUCAUCAUCAUCAUCAGCAGCAACAACAACAACAGCAUCAUCACAUUGGUGGGAUCAGUCAAUCGCAUUCUUAUAAUUUUGGCGGUCAUACGGCCUCCUCAUCCGCAUCGCAACAUUCAUCCGCCAAUGAGGACGAUAUGCUUGGUCAGCAGCAGCCACCACCUCCACCAGUGGCAUCUCGACCGGAGCGUACGAAAUCCAUUUAUACACGUCCCAUUGAGGAAUUACAGCCAACGUCUAUGCCCCACUCUAUACCAGCUGCACCGGCAACCACGCCAACAACGCCCCUACAUAAUCACAAAGCCGCUAUACCGGGAAUAACAACAGCCACAUCGCCACUACUUACCAACAAUGCCACAACGACAACAUUGGACAAGAACAAGAAUAAUGCAAACCUAUACAAUACACAUGAUCCUACAACUGGAUUGGUGGCUUCCACUCCCGGUGCACCCACAGCAGCAGCAGCUGCUGCAGCUGCCACAAUUGGUGCAAGUCCUGGCAAUCAAAUUGCCGUGCCACAAGCAUCAGCCGGAGCAAAUACAAGAGCAGCCAAUGCCAAAAAGAAGAAAAUGUCCGAUGAGGAAAUCCUUGAGAAACUUCGCACCAUUGUCUCCGUGGGAGAUCCAAAUCGUAAGUACACGAAAAUGGAGAAAAUUGGUCAAGGAGCUUCAGGCACCGUCUACACGGCCAUUGAAUCUUCAACGGGCAUGGAGGUGGCCAUCAAACAGAUGAACCUAUCGCAACAACCCAAGAAAGAGCUGAUUAUUAAUGAGAUUCUGGUAAUGCGAGAAAACAAACAUCCGAAUGUGGUCAAUUAUCUGGAUAGCUACCUAGUCUCCGAAGAGCUUUGGGUGGUCAUGGAAUACCUGCCUGGUGGCUCCCUCACCGAUGUUGUAACUGAAACCUGUAUGGAUGAGGGACAAAUUGCGGCCGUUUGUCGAGAGGUAUUGCAAGCCCUGGAAUUUCUGCAUGCCAAUCAGGUAAUCCAUCGAGAUAUAAAGAGUGAUAAUAUUUUGCUUGGCUUGGAUGGGUCCGUCAAGCUGACUGAUUUUGGUUUCUGUGCGCAAAUUUCGCCGGAGCAAUCCAAACGCACAACUAUGGUGGGCACUCCAUAUUGGAUGGCCCCUGAGGUAGUUACACGCAAACAAUAUGGACCAAAGGUCGAUUUGUGGUCCUUGGGCAUCAUGGCCAUUGAAAUGGUAGAAGGUGAACCGCCUUACUUAAAUGAGAAUCCGCUUAAAGCCCUGUACCUCAUUGCCACCAAUGGCAAGCCAGAGAUUAAGGAAAAAGACAAGCUGUCCGCAGCAUUUCAAGAUUUUCUCGAUCAGUGUCUAGAAGUGGAGGUUGAACGUAGAGCCAGCGCCAUGGAUUUGCUAAAGCAUCCCUUCCUGAAAUUGGCCCGUCCGUUGGCCAGUCUAACUCCUCUUAUUAUGGCCGCCAAAGAGGCUACCAAGGGCAACUGAUUGACAACCAAGAAGAAACAGCUUAUUUAACCAUUACUAAUGAAUUACUACUGCAAAAAGCAACAGCAACUGCAACAACAACAACAACCACAAUAGCAACAAUAAUUAAUGAUUAUGCAUAUGAACAGAUGAUGAAUUAUUAAUGAUUAUGAUUACUAUUAUGAAUUAAUUUAUAUAAAAAGAUAAACAAGAACGUAUUAUAUACAUAUAUAAAUAUUAUACACUGCAAUCCGGAGUUGUUGGCCAAAUUGCGAUACGAUCUAUCAACACAAACAUUAAUUUAAAGGUAAAUACACAUACAUAUUGUAUUUUUUGUUUAAACACAAAAUAUAUAUAUUACGUAUCGGUAAUGACAACACUUGCAAACAACCUCACAACAACAACAACAACAACAACAACAGCAAUAGCAAACAGAGAAAAAAGAGAUUUAUUAUAGUUCAAUUGAAUUUUUUCCGUUCUUCUUUUUGGCUAAAUAUCAUCAUUAGUAAUCCAUUAAUUGUUAUACCAAAUCUUAUAUUUAAAACAAAAAACAAAAAAACAAACAAAUCAUGUGUAAAUCAAGCAUUUUAAAUGCUUUUCAGCUAAUAACUUCAUUAAUGUUUACGUAGUAAUUGGGUAAUUUUUUGCAUUUAAAACGAAAACUAAGAUGAUGAAAAAAAAACAAAAACGUAUAUAAAUUAAUAUAAAUAAACACAGUUAUCUGUAUAAAGCUCAUAUUAUUUGAAUCACCUACAACAACAAAAAACAAAAACGAUUUCUAUAAGAAAAAUCCCAUCAAGGAUGUAACUAACAACUAAUUCAAUUGACGUAGAGAGUAUUAUUUAAAACAUUUUUUUCAAUUGCAAUCGCUUAGAGACUUUUCUGCUUUUUAGUAAAAGUUUCAAAACUAGUUUUAACACACAAACACACACACACACAUUUGCUUUAU